GAAAUGUCAAAGUGUUUUAUGGAAUUAAGGUUGAAUGAGAAAUUUAACAUAAUAGUAUGAAGACUUCUCUACUGUAACCAAACUAGCCUCAAAAAUGUCUGAAGAAACAGAUUCUAACAAAACAAUUAAAACCGAACCGAUCGAUGAUUAUCCUCAAGUGAAACAGGAAUUUGAUAAUUAUGACAAUACAUCAGAUUUAUAUAUGGAUGAUGAUAUAUGUCUGCAGCAAUUUCUUAAAUCUGAGGUUACAAUUGACGAGGAAAUAAAACAAGAGACGAUUGAUGACCAAGAUGAAAGUUCUUAUAUAUGUAACGAAGAAAUCAAUACAUCAAGUAAUUUAGUGGAUAGCAUCAAUAAAUCAUUUGAAAAAGUUUCAGGCAAAAGGGAAACAACUAAAAACUUGCAAUCAUAUAAAUGUAAAUCAUGCAGUAAAAUAUUCACAACAAAAAAUAGCUUGAAGAGACAUGAAGCGAUUCACUCUGGGGAACGGCCUCAUGAGUGCAAAAUAUGCAAUAAAAGAUUUUUACAGUCAUAUAGAUUAAGAGAGCAUUUAUCAGUGCAUACUGAAGAAUGCCCGUAUAUCUGUGAAAUAUGCAAUAAAACAUUCACAGCAAAAAAUAGCUUAAUCCGACAUGAAAUGAUCCACACUGGAGAACGGCCUCAUGAGUGCAAAAUAUGCAAUAAAAGAUUUGCACUGAUAAGUAAUUUAAGAAAGCAUUCAUCGGUGCAUACUGAAGAACGUGCUUAUGAUUGUGAAAUAUGCAAUAAAAAAUUCAAAACAAAACAUACAUUAACUCAACAUAAAAUAGUACAUACUGGAGAACGGCCUUAUGAGUGUAAUAUAUGCAAUCAAAGAUUUUCACAGUCAAGUACUUUAAGAAACCAUUUAACAGUGCAUUCUGGUGAACGUCCUUACUCAUGUGAUAUAUGUAAUAAAACGUUCAGAAUGAAAAGCUUGUUAAAAAGACAUGAAGAGGUUCAUUCUGGAGAACGCUCUUAUGAGUGCAAAAUAUGCAAUAAAAGAUUUGCACUGAUAAGUAAUUUAAGAAAGCAUUCAUUAGUGCAUACUGGUGAACGGCCUCAUGAGUGCAACAUAUGCAAUAAGAGAUUUUCAGAUUUAGGUAAUUUAAGGCAGCAUUUAUCAGUGCAUACUGAAGAAAGACCUUAUGAAUGUGAGACGUGCAAUAAAACAUUCAAAACAAAACCUAUAUUAAUGCAACAUGAAAGAAGAAAACAUACUAGAGAACAAACUGUAAUAAAAAAGUCAACAAAACUGUUGAAUCAGUCAAGAAACUGCCUGACCUAA